CACGAGUAACCUAGUAUAUACUUAUAUGAUCGACGUAAAAUGGUGAGGUUAGGAUGUGUUUACUUGUCAGAUCUCGCGAAACACGGAACGAAACAGGAAAGGAACGUAAACGUAACAGGGAUGUGAACAGGUAAAGGUGAACGAUCUUAAAAAAGACAUAAUGUUUUUCCCGAUCGGAUGGCCACGGGUUCUGAACACGACUGAACCGGAGGGGAUCACUGCGGUUGUUUGCAACAGGGACAAAAUACUAUUCGCUGUAUUGACGAACGACGCUCUCACCAUCUGGUAUUGCAAGCCAUGCGUGCCCAUUAUACUGAUCAAAAGAACUCCAGAUUCUUUAAGGAAACAUGGCGACAACAGUCUGGUGCAAUGGAGACCAGACUCCAGCAUGUUGGUCAUAGCGACGUCGGAUAGCUAUCUCUUAUUUUAUCGAUUAUCUGACACUAGUCCGGAAGGAAGAGGUCUCUACGAACAGAGAGACUCUCCGGUUACCAGUUUAAGACGAGACAGCGCUGAACUUUUUAUCAAAGAAGUUAUUCCUUCCUUAGUUCUGACAUUCGAGAAAUCAGCCUGGAUAGACGGUGGUAUCAGUUCGUUGGUUUGUAUACGUGAUGAGCUCAUGGUAGCUACAAAGACCAGUCACAUAAUACGCCACAAAUGGGACGGAACUGUGAAUCGAGAUUACUCUCUCGAUUUAAGGAGAAUACCAUUCAGCGUGGAUCAACAAAUAUCUACCGUGGCUAUACCUCUUACGGAGAACAAUGUAUACGUCACUGACAUCGAGUACUCCCCAUUGGUCGGUGGAUUCGCAAUUGUUCUCAACACUGGCAAAGCAGCGUUCCUGACUGCGCAGUCACUGAAAUUCGAUCCUAAUCAAGUACAAGGAAUUUGGGCCAGAGAUGUUGACGAUGCUACUUGUGCGGCUGUAAAUCACAAAUAUCGUCUCAUAGCGAUCGGAAGGCAAAAUUCUGAAGGCGUAGUGUGUUAUGUGGAUGAAACAACAGGCGGGCUGGAAAUGUCCCAUACGUUGAGCUUGUCCUCGAAAGACUAUCCAGGAAGACCGGGGCGCGUAAGGUGUUUGAGGUGGACCCCUGACAGUUGUGCCAUUGCGUUAGCUUGGGAAGGUGGUGGCCUAGCAGUGUGGAGCACAUUUGGUGCUCUGUUACUCUGCAGUCUAAAAUGGGAUUACGGUUUAAGGGUAGACUUGACCCACGAUAAUCCUUUGCACAUUCAUACAAUGGAAUGGUCCGCUGAAGGUUAUCAGCUAUGGAUGUUAAGAGAAUCUCCAGGGCCAUCUCUGACCGAAGAGAAUGGAAACGAUACCAACACGAAACGUUCUUUGAUACAGUUAGAUUUUGUAAAAAGCCCCUUGACGAUCAAUCCUUGCAUGGGCCAUCAUGGACAUUUGUAUUUACAAGGUGAAGAUAGAUUGUAUUUAAAUCUUGGCGGUGGAGUUUCUACGAACACCUCAACCUUUCAUAUCAGCAGCGAAAUUCCAAACGAUUCCAUAACGCAAACACUUGUGGGUUGCAAGCAAUGGCUAGUCGUUCCUAUUCCUACUGCGUACAGUGGUUCCAACUGGCCGAUAAGAUACACCGCUAUAGAUAACGAAGGUAUGAGCAUAGCUGUAGCCGGAAGGACAGGAUUGGCUCAUUACUCUUUGCCUUCGCGCAAAUGGAAACUUUUUGGCAACGAGACCCAAGAGCGUGAUUUCAUUGUGACCGGAGGGCUAUUGUGGCAUCAAGGUUUUUUAAUAGCUAGCAGUUAUUCGAUAUUAGACGAUAAGGAUGAGGUUAGAAUAUAUCCGCGCGACACACGUUUGGACAACAGUUACGUUAGAACUGUUAGAAUGCCAUCGCAGGUGUUGUUACUCAAUACGUUGAAAGACAGACUUCUAACAUUCUGUGCGAACGCACAGAUUAGCAUUUACGAUAUGGUAUUAGAGAGCAAUAAUGAUGCUGGAAGUAUAGAAUUAGUAAGAUUGCAGACCGUAGAUGUUAGUGGACUUUGUGUUCAUCCUGCCUGCGUUGUGAGUGCCACUUUGACUACUAUACGCGCGGAGACGGCUGGGAGUCAUCCGCAUCCUGAGAGUCUUUUGUUGAAUGUGUCUGGACGCCUUCUUAUGGUUCAAAGAGAACACUGUACUGAUAAUCCAGAAGUUCUGUUUACGUGUAGCGCUCCGACAGUAUUAGCUUCUUACGUAGAAAACGUGUGGGUACCAUGGAGAUCGAAGAGAGACAAGCCACACUUGACGGAAGCACUGUGGUUGUUUUGUGGGGCCCAUGGGAUGCGUGUCUGGCUGCCAUUGUUCCCACGGAAUCAUCAAGAAAAGGCGCACACGUUCAUGAGCAAAAGGAUAAUGUUGCCUUUUCACUUGCGCAUUUAUCCUUUGGCUAUACUCUUCGAAGACGCUAUUUUAUUGGGAGCAGAAAAUGAUACGGUCCUUUUUACUUCGGACACGAACUCUCCAUUUUCGUUGCCUUUUAGUUUGUUAGAACUUACAAGUCAAGUUUAUCUUCACCAAAUAUUACGACAACUAAUACACCGUAAUUUGGGGUACCAUGCUUGGGAGAUUGCUCGUUCGUGUUCUUCGCUGCCAUACUUUCCACAUUCGUUGGAGCUUUUGCUUCAUGAGGUACUCGAAGAAGAAGCAACCAGCAAAGAACCAAUCCCGGAUGCUCAGUUGCCUUCCGUGGUGGAGUUCAUCAGAGAAUUUCCUGGAGUGUGGGCUAGAGCAGUUGUGCAGUGCGCUAGAAAAACAGAAAUAGCACUCUGGCCUUAUUUAUUUUCCGUUGCUGGGUCACCUAAGAAGCUGCUGCAAGAUUGUCUGCAGCGUCAGCAACUGGACACUGCUGCUAGCUAUCUGAUAAUCUUACAGAACCUGGAACCAUCGACUGUCAGUCGACAACAUGCUACUUUGUUGUUAGACGCUGCUCUGGAACAGGGCAGAUGGGAACUUUCAAAAGACCUCGUUCGAUUUCUCAGAGCAAUUGAUCCAAAUGACGUAGAAUCUCCACGAACAUCCUGGGGAGGAACAUCAAAAUUAGGAGUACCCCCUCAAACACCACCACUGUCACCCCAUGAAGAUGAUUUGUCUCUGGUGCUGGGAACCAUGCAAGUGUCAAGAAGUCGAAGUUACAGUACAACGGUGACCCCGAAAGUACAAUCCGACUCGGCCAAAGACAUAACACCGUCCUCCAUGUUGGAAAAAACUAGGAACGUAGUUAUGAGACGGAAGAAGUCUGUACCUACAAGCGCUUCUAAAAUUGAGAAAGCUGACAAUAAAGAGGGCUCAGCCGAAGAGUUUUUCAUCGAUGUAAUAUUACAACGUCAUGCUCGUCGAUUGCUUUCCGCAAAACGACUUGCAGAUUUAGGCAGAUUUGCUGCUCGAUUAGACUUCCAUUUGGUCACAUGGUUUGGCAGAGAACGUGACAGAGCAGCGAAACUUGACGACUAUGUUACAGCGUUGAAAGCAAUGCACGAGGACUUUUCAUUCGCUUACCCCGUGCUGUCCCUCCCAACGUUGCAAAAGUUUAGGAGGUCCAGUCUUACGUCUCUGCGUUCCAUAAGAUCGGUCAGCCUGGAAAAUCCAGAGGAUGAGCCGUUGAACUCGAGCUUCGCCGUUGACUUGCCUGAUAGCGGUUACACCAGCUUACCAAGUGGACGACCACCUUACACCACAUUAGUUUCCCCCGUUGCAAGCUUGGAAACCCAGUUUCCCGCUGCUGAAACUAAAUUGACAGCAAAUAUGUUACACGAUGCAAAUAGUGUUCUCAGCGACAGCAGUACAAUCUGGAGAGACGACACCGAAUCAAUCGUUGGGACUGGAGUUGGAACAGUAUGUUGGGUUUCGCCAGACCCAGUCGAGCAAAUAGAAGUCCACAAUGCUUCGUCCUGUGCACCGAUAAGUCGUGGAGAAGUGCAGCUUAGAUAUCUUUUGCAAUUAUUCCUGGAGAGCGGCUGCCUAGGAUGGGCUGCAGUGCUGGCAACCAUUUUACGCGAUGCACCUGCUAUGGCCAGAACUAUCAGAGCGGCUCACGCACCGAUGCAAACUUUCGAUUCUGUAAUCAAUUUGAGAGAUGGCCUUCUCAUGCUAACUAAAUGGUCCCACUCUGAAUGUUUGGGUUACAGACCGUUCAUGUCGGGCAUCCAAGUACAAAUUUCAUUGUUGAACAGACUAGUUGUGAUCAAACAACAACAGGAACAGGAGCAGAUACCGGAAAGCCCUUCUCCGAGUCCAGCGCCAUCUGCUGGCAGUAAUCAACGUGGAAAUUUAUCGCGAUCGCGGCAUUCGUCUAUCAGUCAUGGUUCGACUGCCCCAUUAGAGGAGGAUCGAUCCCACGAAUUGUCUCUGAACGUCGAGGAGGCGACUUUUCGAAACAGUUAUAGCAAUCUCAAUAGCGCGGAGCCCGUUUCUUCGCAAUCCACGUGCGCAAUCUCUUAAAGCAAUUACGUCUUAUCAAAACGCAGGUAUUGUAUUAUAGACUCUAGUAUGGGUAAGUAGGUACGAAAUUUUUCAGCAUUGUACAAAACACUUGCUGUUCGGUACUAAAAUUUCUGAGAUGGAUUUAGUCAACAUUACCGUACCUCUGAUUUAAACAGCGAGUUGUACAUGUAACAUAAAAUGGAAUAAUGAUUUUUUUAUAUCAAACGUAUUGGUUAAACAUUGUAUAAAUAAUUAUGUACACAAUAAUCUUUGAGAAAUUUUAACGAUUAAGGUUGAAAUAUAUCCAAAUUUUUUAAGCAUUUCUAUAACGUGUAAAUAUGCUAUUGAAAUUGUAGGGAAGUUACUGUUGACAUAUUUUUAGAGUAAUUCUCGAAACAUUUGAAAAAUCUACGAAACACGACUGACACUAUUUCUUCCUUCUUUUGUAGACAAUAUACAAAAAUAAUGAAUAUAUUGUAAUUGGUAUUAGUAGGUUAUAGAUUUGAUUAAAAGAGGAAGAAUAAUAGUGGAUUGGGGGCACAACUUCAGAGAUGGAUUCUAUACAAGAAAACGAUAAAAAAAAAAAGUUUAUGUAAACAUGUGCCUUAUUUGAUCUUAUUUUCAAGUUAUUUGGCUGCCAUACUUUAUCAAAGUAUUAUUUAUAAUAAUAAGCCCACGCUCAAGAUUCAUGUCUGCCAUUUGUUGACGAGACUUCCCAUUUUCACACACAACGUAUUUCAAUGAUCUAGUAUUUUAACACUUUACCGACCGGCAGCGUUGGUCGGUAAAGAAGUUGAUUAAUACGCCAUCGGUCGGUAAAAAAGUCGAUUAAUUAUCGGUCGGUAAUGUGUUAAUGCUCGCAGGAAGUAUUUAAAGAAUUAAAAUAUAAGAUUCGGCAUUAGAUACUGAAUUCUGCUUGUAAAUAAUUAACUAGCGUUGGUUCGAUUAUUCUCAUCUUACAAAAGAAUUACUCCAACACGGAACUCGCUAUUUUUGUUAUUGUUUUCUUGCGCAGAAUUCAUCUUUGAAACGGGGUCUUACAUGCUACGGGACACCCUGUAUAUUGCAAUAUCACAUCGACUGAAUUGCGAAGAAAUGGUUUUCACUGAUCGUUAACCGUUUCAAUACAAAUUAUUUAUUUUUAACACUUUACCGACCGGUUGAUUAAUCGGCUAUCGGUCGGUAAAACAGUCGAUGAAUACGCUACCGGUCGGUAAGUGUCGGUAAUGUGUUAAAAGAUUUACAGUAUGAAAAUUAACACUGAUAAAGCGUAGUUCUGUUUAUGCAGUAGCGUAUCGAAUAAAAUGGCCGUCCUAACUCCAGAUUUUCUUUCGAAAAAAGUGAAAUAAAUAUUAUACAAUCAAAUUAAGAAGAAAUUACUGUGUGAAUUUGAUGUCAAUAACUUUAUGAUCGAUAUUACCAUAGAUAUUGGUUUUUUAGAACGUAGACGUUAUUGGUAAAUGGUAGUCUGUAUAAUAUAAAUUUUUAAACUAAAAAUUACUAGUAUUCGUAACAUUAUUGGUUGCCCGUAUCGUAUAAACAUAAUAAACUGAGACAUUUAUACUCGUGAAACGAAUUUUCUAGUAAGAAAAGUGAUACGUUUAUGUAGCGUGCAAAAUUUGAGAAAGAAAAGCUUUAACCGUUUGCAGCUUCGAGCAAAAAUAUUCUUAGAACCUUUAACUGCAUAUUCUGGGGCUUUAAAUGGUUAAUGUUUGAUUUGCAAAUUGUAAUUCCACUGGAUUAAUGUAUAGAAAUAGAAGGAACGAAGCGAAACACCAUUUAUUUGAAUACGUUGGUAGACAAGACGAGUUAAAUAGUAAAAAAUUCAUUGAUCUUCUGCUUUAAAGUUUCUGAAUAAAAAUUUCAUGCAAGUCCUUGAUUUAAUUUCAUGUUUGUACAGAAAUGUUCAUAUAACUGGGGUACUGCUUACCAAUAGUUCAGAUAAAUGUAGUCUUCCUUUACUAUUACGAAUAUAAAUAUGAUAUCGAAUCUUUUAAAAUAACAGAUUUUGUUAAACAUUGAGAAUAAGUUACUACGCAGAGAAAUUAAUGAAUAUUUUGUUUACAGGCAGCGACAGAAAUUCAUAAAUUUCUCAACUUUAGUUCGUGCGUGUUGCGUUUCAUUUUAAUUUAAUUUAAGCAUCAUAAUUUUUAAACACCGAUAUCAAAAAGAAAAGUUAGUUACGGACAGCCAAGAAUAAUAAUCAAAAUUACUCGUAAGUAUUUAUGUCAAAUUAAUAUAAAUCUAAGAAUGUCGAGAAAAUAGAUCAUCGAAGAAGGAAACGUAAGCUAAGCAACGACAAUUAUUCAUUGUUUCAUAGUUUCUAUGUUUCUAAGGAACUGUUUAGUAUCGCCCCUUUUAUAUGUAGCAUAUGUUCGAUUAAUCGAUCAAAUGUACAUCUUAACCGAUUACUCGAUCGUUGGACUCGAUUUAAAGGAAAUCUAGCAACGGACGUUCACUGUGGUCUUGUAUAACGAUAAUACUAAUUAAUUCAUAGAAAACAACUGUGGAACACUAAUAAUAAACUGUUUAUACAUAUAUUGUAACAUAGAUAUUCAGAAAUAUAUAUUUUCCCAUGAGCUAACAGCUGUUUUUUCUUUCUUUUUGAACUAUCUCGCAUAUAAAGUAAAAAUUUACGCGUUACACUUAAGCGACGUCUCUUACGAGUGGUUCGAGUUGGAUUUUUAGUCUUUGAUGAUUUUGGUCUUCGACGUAACCUUUUCUUUUAAAUCGUUUACUUUAUACAGGCACAAAAUCCAAGCAAUUUUCAUAAUAAAUGAAAAUGACUUUUUGAUGCGAAACAAACAAUCAAAAACACUGCAUAUAACAUAACACUUUUAUUUCCUCGCGUAUUACAUAU